AUGUCUGUAGGAAAAGAGUAUCGUAUAAAAGAAAAAGAGAUGCCUCUUUGUCUACAGAUGAAAACAAAAUCGCUUGGCAUGGUUAUCUUGAGGCCUCUGGUUGCCGGAAGUACACAACCGACGGAUUCCAAGGUUACACAGCCAAUUAAUUCAAUAGUUACACUGUUAAAUUAUACGACGAUAAAACAAUCGCCAAAGACCACAGGUUCACAAGCGAAGGAUGCAACGGUUGCACAGCCGACUGAUACAACGGCUUUGAAACAGACUUCGACAAUUACAGAAACAAAUUUUACCACUAUUUCACAACCAACCAUGACAAUGGAUACACAAGCCAUUAACACAGCAGUUACAAGAACGACCGAUGCAAGGGAAAUACAAACUAAUGCCAGUACAGUGAUAAAAUCGACUGUGUCAACGGUUACUCAACCAACUGAUACAUCUGUUACACAGCUUAGUACUACUAUAGGGAUUUUUCAAAUGAUAGAUAAAAAGACCGUAAAAACUACUGAUACAAUGACUGCACAAACUACUGGUGAAACAAUUCGGAAAAAUAAUGAUAAAAGUCCACAAACUACUGCUAAAGCAACUCUACAAUCUAGUGAUACAACAACUCCACAAACUACUGAUACAACAAGUCCACAAACUAUUGAUAAAGCAACUCCACAAUCUACUGAUACAUCAACUCCACAAACUACUGAUACAACAAGUCCGCAAACUACUGAUAAAGCAACUCCACAAUCUACUGAUACAACAACUCCACAAACUACUGAUACAACAAGUCCACAAACUAUUGAUAAAGCAAUUCUACAAUCUACUGAUACAUCAACUCUACAAACUACUGAUACAACAAGUCCACAAACUACUGAUAAAGCAACUCCACAAUCUACUGAUACAUCAACUCCACAAACUACUGAUACAACAAGUCCACAAACUACUGAUAAAACAACUCCACAAUCUACUGAUACAACAACUCCACAAUCUACUAAUACAACAACUCUAGAAAGUACUGAUAAAGUAACUCCACAAACUACUGAUACAUCAACACAACAAACUACUAAUACAACAAGUCCACAAACUACUGAUAAAGCAACUCCACAAUCUACUGAUACAACAACUCUAGAAAGUACUGAUAAAGUAACUCCACAAAUUACUGAUACAACAAGUCCACAAACUACUGAUAAAGCAACUCCACAAUCCACUGAUACAACAACUCCACAAAAUACUGAUAUAACAAGUCCACAAACUACUGAUAAAGCAACUCCACAAUCUACUGAUACAUCAACUCCACAAACUACUAAUACAACAAGCCCACAAACUACUGAUAAAACAACUCCACUAUCUACUGAUACAUCAACUCCACAAACUACUGAUGAAGCAAUUCCACAUUCUCCUGAUACAACAACUCCACAAAACAAUUAUACAACAAGUCCACAAACUACCGAUACAACAAGUCCAGAACCUACUGAUAAAGCAACUCCACAAUCUACUGAAACAAAAACUCAACAAACUACUGAUACAACAAGUCCACAAACUACUAAUACAGCAACUCCACAAUCUACUGCCACAACUAUUGCACGAGCCACUGGUACAACAACGAGUGCACACAUAACUGAUACAUCAACUCCUCAAACUACAGAUACAACGACUGCACAAAAUACUGGUAUAACAACGGGCACACAAACUACUGAUGAAACGACUGCACAAACAACUGGUACAACAACGGGAGCACAAUCUACUGAUACAACAACUCCAAAUACGAUACAGACUCACAACAAGAUGCCACAAACAACUGGAACUACUGACACAACGACUGCACAAGCUACUGGUACAACGACUGCACAAGCUACUGAUACAAUGACUGUACAAGCUACUGAUAUAACAACUCCAGAAGCUACUGAAACAAAGACUGUUCUAACAACUGAUACAACAACUGCACAACCUACUGAUACAACGACUGCACAAACAACUGAUUCAACGACUGCACAUACCACUGAUACAACGACUGCGCAAGCUACUGAUACAAGUACUGUACAAACUACUGAUACAACGACUGCACAAACUACUGAUACAACGACUGCACAAACAACUGAUACAACGACUGCACAAACUACUGAUACAACGACUGCACAAGCUACUGAUACAACGACUGCACAAACUACUGAUACAACGACUGCACAAGCUACUGAUACAACGACUACAGAAACCACUGAUACCACGACUGCACAAGCUACUGAUACAACGACUGUACAAACUACUGAUACAACGACUGCACAAACUAAUGAUACAACAAGUCCAAAAACUAUUACCACAACUAUAGCACAAGCUACUGCCGCAACUACUGCACAGACAACUGAUAAAUCUGUUACAGGUUCGCAUAACCCGUGGGUUACAGACUCGACUGAUAUCGCAGUUACACAAGUGACUGAGACAACGGUUAUACAACCAACUAUUACCCCGAAUAAAAUAUCGACUGAGACAACGGUGAUACAACUAACUAUUACCCCGAAUAAAUUAUCGACUAAUACAACGGUUAUACAACCGACUAUUACCCCGAAUAAAAUAUCGACUGAUACAAUGGUUACACAAGCGGCUAACACAACGCAUGUACAAGUGACUAAAACGAUUUCUACAAAAGCGACCAAACAAAAUUCUCCUACGACAGUAAAAGACAGUUCGAGCACAGAUCCCUCGAACACAGAUUCAUACUAG